UUAGCCUUGAAAGUACACGCAUUUACUUGAAGUUAUACAUGUAGAUUUAAAAAUAUAUAUGCAAUUACAUGAAAUAAGUGUAGAACCUCUUGAGUAAAAACAUUGAUGACAAUGGACAAAAUUGAUAUAAAACCGAAUACCAUCAAUAUGGGAGCGUGAAUAAUCAUUGUGCAAUAUGGACUUUAAUAAAACUGGUACAAGCUGUAACUGAAAAUGGCUGAAACUUAUUUGAAAAUAAUGCUAAGUCUAGCAUUUAUAUAUAAUGUGGAUACCGAGACUUGGAAUGUUAAUUCACUCAACAAUGCAAAGCUCGUAUGUGAUUAUGACAAACACAUGCUGAGGUUAGACAUACGUGAGGGAUUUGUAGAGUCAGAAGUGAAACAUUGCCUCGAGACAUACCCAGAAACAGAAACGCUCGUAUUUACAAAAAGCCGAUUAAAAACAAUUCCAGGGUACUUGAGCAUUCUAAAGAAUCUUGUUACAUUGGAUUUAUCUUUUAAUGAACUAGUAUCUGUAUCAUUUAUUGGACUUGAAAUGACCUGUGUAAGGCUAAAACUGCUCGUUCUUGAUAGUAAUGCAAUUCGUGUCUUACGAAAAGGAAGUCUGGACUGUUUAGAAUCUCUGCAAAAAUUUUCUAUCGCAAACAACAGUCUAGAACGAAUUGAAAAUGGAACGUUCAAUACCAAGUUAAAGUCAAUAGAUUACAUCCAUUUAGUAAAUAACAGUUUAACACAACUUGACAGUAGUUUAUACAGCAAACUUUUACUGUAUUCAAAUAUUCGUCUGAUGGUAAAUGCGUCUUUUAACAGAAUAACGGGAUUCACAAAUUCAUUAAAUGUUUCUAUUAAUGACAUUUCUAGUUCAUCCAGUAUAUCAGCUAUCCUUCUCCAUAAUAAUUUCACAAGAGUGAAUACAGAAUAUUAUUUCAAAAUGUUUAACGUCACACAUCCUUUUCCACAAUUGUUAAGAUUAUGGAAUAGUGGUUUUGAUGCAAGGUUCAAUCCAUUCAUUUGUGACUGCUUGCUUUAUCCCUUGUCGGAAGCGCUUAGGAACUUUUACAAAAUGGAUCAGGACAACCCCGUGUUUUCAAUCACCUGUGGAUCACCUCGUGCCUUAGACGGAAUGAUGGUGAGAAAAGUAAAUGAAGACCAAUUUAACUGCUCAUUAACUCAGAAUUGUCCUGAAUCCUGCACAUGUACAGAAACUAUAGCACUUGAUCUCGUCACAAUUCGUUGCAAUGAUGAUUACCUUGGCAGUGAUUUACCUACAUCAUUUCCAGCAGCAGGAAAGCUGCAUAUAAAUAUGAAGUCUGGACAAAUGACAAAACUCUCUUCUAGGGCAUAUCUCCAAAAUGUUACAGUUCUUGACGUAUCGGGAUGCUCAAUCACCAACAUUGACCCGUCCAUUGUAAACACACUUGAUGGAGGUAUAAUUAAGACAAUUUAUCUUCAUGACAAUAACUUAAAAUAUAUUCCCAGGACAUUUCAAAGUCUCAAUUUCACAGAAGGUGAAAUCUUGACAAUUGAUGGGAACCCAUUCAUAUGCGACUGCCAUUCACUAUGGAUGAAAAAAUGGCUUCUGUCCAAUAAAAAACAUGUCGUUAAUCAAGAAAAAAUUAAAUGCUCAGCUGGAUCUGAUGCCGAUAGACCAGUUAUUACAAUACCAGACAAUCAAUUUACAUGCAAAACCGGACUUCCUUUAAAAGACGUUUUCAUUAUUACAGUAGGUUCAUUGGCUGGCUCUAUGUUACUUGCUACGCUCAUCGUUUGUAAAAUCAAUAGCAUUCAAGUUUUUCUGAUAUCAAAUUUUGGGAUAUGUAAAUAUUGUUUAAGGGGAAGAAAACAGCGACGUUUGCAAUACGAUAUAUUCGUUGCACAUUCUUGUGAUGACGACGUAACCAUUGCUAAAAUCGUUGAUUUCUUGGAAAACCAGACACCGCCAUAUAAAGUUUGCAUAGCGGAGAGAAAUUUUCGCAUCGCUAGGUCAAUUUCUGAGAAUAUUCUAAGUGCGAUUGAAUCCAGUCAUACAACUUUGCUGGUUAUUUCCAAUAGCUUCCUUCGAAGCGCCUGGUGUAAUAUGGAAUUCCGUGAGGCUCACAUGAGGUUUCUGAAAGACAGGAAUAUAAAUAUGGUGCUUAUUGUGUUAGAAGAACUAGAUAAAGAACUUAUUUACAAAGAAUUACGUCUAUACUUACAGACACAUGUUUAUCUUAAAUUUACAGACAAAUAUUUUUGGGCCAAACUCUUACAAAACAUUCCUAUUAUGAUACAAAGUGACAAAGAAACAGACCCAUUACUUCCGAAGUAGUUUAGAAAAAAGUUUAUCAAAAGAACAAAGUAGUAUACAAUAGGGAUUUAGUUAUCGUCUGUAAAGGGGGCAUACUAUACGUUAGAACAAAAUUGUUGCAGGUUUAGUAGCAAUUGCAAUGGAAACAAAACAGUUAGUUAGUGCCAGACUUUUAUAAAUGAAGAGCUAAUAAAAAACUAAACGCUGUUGGAUAUAAAAUGCAUUAGUGACAUUUCUUUUCAAAUCUGUAACAAAGUUAUUCCCCGGAACAAAUAAUCACAACAAAAUUACAUGAAAAUUGCAGACUCGGUUUAUUUGAGUUUUUACAUAAGGGAUAAUGAAUAAGUGCAACAUCCCGCAUGCCCCCUACUACCGGCUUGAGCGGUACUCAAUUCUCAACAGUUAAUAAGGCUGGCAUCAAUGAUCCCGAAGGACCAGAAAAAUAUAACAACACUGAAGCCUUGUAAACGUUAGGGAAUUCGACUUUCGUAAUUAGCACUCAUUGUUUGCAACAUCCUAUGUCUUACAAAUGUAUCCAAAAAUGGCAAAUGUUCCCAGCAAGAAGUUCACUUCAUAGAGAUGUUUCAAACCCAAAGGUUAAAACAAGUUCCAGUGACUGAAAAUGAGUUCUGGCCGCAUGAAUAAUUCCGCCAGGAAGAGACAGCAUAUGCAUAAUGCAUUCCUGAAUGUUUGUUAAUCACUUGUUCAAUUUACUUUUUAGUUCAGGAUAAUCUACUGAAUUUUUUCGAAUUCAUUAUUAUAUAGGCUCUCUACAGCUGACAUCUGUAAAAUAAAUGUAUUAAACAUGCCCCGCUGUAAACAAGACAUACAAAAAUAUAUGUCUUUAAGUCAAAUCUAUUAUGAAAAAGAAACAUUAUCCAAAUUACAAUACUGUAAGCAAAGAAAUAAAUCAAAGUCUUGGAGUUUGGGUUGAAAUCUCAUAAAACCGUUCCUUCAAAUUAAGCUAUUAUUAUAAGGUUGAGUACUUAGCACUUUCACCAGUAAUAUGAACAGCUAGUGAUGAUGAGUUCAUAAUAAAAUUGGCGGAAGUAAAUGCUAGUAAAAUGGUAGGCCUUAUACACAACUAUUCUCAUUAACAUUAAGUGGUAUAAUAGCAAUAAUUCACAAUCGUUUGAUGAUCGUUUUUAUGCUUCCGUUCACAAGAUAUGUCAUUAAA